AUGGCACAUAUCCUCAGUGAAGAACAAAUCGUUGAUUUCAAAGAAGCCUUUGGUUUGUUUGACAAAGAUGGAGAUGGUUGCAUUACUGUGGAAGAAUUGGCCACUGUUAUUAGGUCAUUGGAUCAGAAUCCCACUGAGGAAGAGCUACAAGAUAUGAUAAGUGAAGUUGAUGCAGAUGGCAAUGGAACCAUUGAAUUUGAUGAGUUUUUGAACUUGAUGGCUAGGAAAAUGAAAGACACUGAUGCUGAAGAGGAGCUAAGAGAGGCUUUCAAGGUUUUUGACAAAGAUCAAAAUGGCUAUAUUUCUGCCAGUGAGUUGAGACAUGUAAUGAUGAAUCUUGGUGAAAAAUUAAGUGAUGAGGAGGUGAAGCAGAUGAUUAAAGAAGCAGAUAUGGAUGGUGAUGGCCAGGUUGACUAUGAUGAAUUUGUCAAGAUGAUGAUGACCGUUAGAUGA